AUGAUUAGCGACAAGGAUAGUCACUGUAGAAAAAUAAAGUCACCCGCCGCCGUGCUAGACGCACCUCCGGCCAGACUGACCAGACAACACCAACUUGACGGAACAAAGACGCCUACUCCGGAGCCUGAGGGUCCGCUCAGCGGCCAAGGCGAGCCCGAGCCCGAGCCCGAGCCCGACGACCCGACCCCAGGCCAGACUUUUCAACACACCCCUGCCUUAACCUUGAUCAAGACAAAUGUCACCCCUGACAUACGUAAGACGCUAGCCUGGCAGUAUAUUGGCAUUAGUUUCGAAUGGGAGCCCCAUCUUCAGAUUCACCAGCCCCUCAAGACACGACGGGAAGUGCUUGGCCGGCAAAAAGCGUUGGAAAGCACCACGCACCCCAAGGGUGUAUACUUUUACAACAAGAUCGCUGCCCGGAACGCCCUCAACCUUACUAAUACCACCAUUUACUCCGGUUUUAAAGACGGCCACGCUACCAACACAUUCUGUGACAAUAUUGGUACAGCAGCUGUUAGCCCAGGAAGCUGGCAUAUCGUGCCAAAUAGCCCCCGACCUACCAUUGGAGUCCAAGAGUUCCUUACGCUCUCACAAUCGUUCAAGUUCGAGAUCCGCAGUGGACACCGCGAAAUCACCAACCUGCCGGGCAGCGCCACCGGCUUCUUCUGGCGCGUGGUAUAUGACCUGGACCGAAAGGGCAGCUUCCGUUUCGAGACAUGCGAGCGAGAACAGCAUGGCCGCGUCUUUACCAAGAUUCAGGGUCAGUACGUUCCUGGGUACGCUGUCAAGUACAGCCAGGCCACGUCCGGAGCGGAGUUUAUCUGCGACAGCGGUGUUCUUAGCUAUGUCAAGGUCCAAAGCUCUGGUGCCGUUGUCACAGCUGUCACCGAGACCACCGUUAUCGAAAAGUACAGCAACACCAUGUAUGCAUGCACCGAAGCCGCUCAUUGCGUCCCUUCAAAGUGCGAGAAGGGAUGUGAAAAAGGCGUCAAGGACAACUCUGCCCCUUCCGGUGGCGUCCUCAUUCCAAAACCUGGCCCUUCAAAGCGAGCUCUUUACUUCCUUGAAAGCAAUCCAGCCGGCGCUUCCAUCUCGGAUUGCCGAUCCUGCAAGAUGGUUUAUUGGAUAAGAGCAGAGCUACCCUCUGUUCUCCCAGGACUCUGUUGUGGUCAAUGGCAAAUACCUCUACACGGUAAAUUCCGGCUCAACGCGAUAGCCCUGUUUGAAAUAUCCGACGCGGACCCUGCCAGUCUAAAGCGUGUAGGCGAGCCUGUUCAUAUCGGCGGCGAAUUUCCCAACUCGGUGGCUGUUUCAGACAAGAACAAUAUGGCGUGCGUCGCGAAUACCGGAAGAGGAGCGGGAGUCCAGUGCUUUAAUACUCUUGACCAUCUCGAACUUUUGGGCGAGUACAUGCCGCUGCCCGUCACUCCGACAACACCCUCUGUUGGCCCUCCAAAUUCAGUUUCCGACAUCGUCUUUAACCCUUCACAGACGGCUUUGUUCGUCACCAUCAAGGGCAAUGGUAUAGGCCGCGGCUAUGUAUACGCCUACAAAGUCGUAAAUGGCCGUAUUAACCCGCAGCCCGUCAUCUCGCGCCCGCCAGGCUCAAUGCUCGAUUUCUCCCUGACUUUCCUUUCCGACUCGACUGGCGUCGUCACAGACCCGGCAUACGGUGCCUCGUACAAUAGGAAUCUCUCCGUCACUGCCUCUAACCAGAUCACUAUACCUGGCCAGGGCGCUACCUGUUGGUCCGUUUUCGCGCCGGAGUUUGACACAGUAUACUUGUCUGACGGCGCGUCGCCCAACAUCAUCGCCCUUGACCCCAUGUCCGGCCGAACCAAGUUUGUCAUCACCGGGGACACCCAAUCUACUUGCUCUUUUGAUUCCGCCGUGGAUCGUUCGAGUCUUUAUGUUCUCCAAGGUAGUCCGGCGGUCGCUGUGUUUGAUCUCAGGGGGUCAAAGGGCGGCGACCGUACACCUAGCUUGUCUCAGUACCUCAACCUGUCUUCAGUCGGGGCUCGAUCUGGCUGGAUUGGAAUGGUUGUUUAUUCUGGCUGA